GUCGCCGAGUGAGUGUUGAUCCGGUGCUGCACGGAGCGUCUAAAGUUCUCAUCACCAAACUGUCUGGCAACAGAAUGGUCAGUGAAGGGGACUCGUUUACUUUGGAAAAGCACAAAUCACUCGGUGUAGGCCAAGGCAGGCGACGGUCGAGAUUGGGACAGCAACAGACACUGACGAUCCAUGAACACACAGACAGUGCACCCGCUAGCCCUAUGAUUGGUGCAGGGGGGCUGGCAGAUCAGCACGCCACAUUGAACAGUGCAUGCAGAUCGUCCAGCAGCAUAACUAUACGAGACUCAACUGCACAACGCAACAGCACAUGGGCACAGCACACGCGCAAGAAGAGUGGGACAUUUUCGGCCCUAAACAAUUCCUCGCCAGGUCUAGGAGUAUCCCCGCUGCGGCGGCGCAAGUCCUCAGUUGCGGCAAGAUUGUCAGGCGGUGAGUGA